AUGGGUAACAGUUUAGGCGGCAAGAAAGCGACCAAAAUCAUGAAAAUAGACGGCGAGAGUUUUAAACUGAAAACUCCGGUGACGGCGGAGGAGGUUCUUAAAGACUUUCCCGGCCACGUUUUGUUAGACUCCGAGUCCGUCAAGCACUAUGGUGCCCGAGCCAAGCCACUUGAGGCGAAGCAGAGGUUGGAGGCGAAGCGGCUGUACUUCGUGGUGGAGCCGGUGAAGGAGUGUCCACCGAGAAGGGUAAGAUCGGGAAUUCAGAUGAGUGCGAAGGAGAGGCUUGAGAACCUCAUGCUUUCCCGGAGAUCCUCCUCCGAUCUCUCCAUACUCAAACCCGCUGGAGGAUGGACGAAGGAGGAGGAACAAGGAGGAGCCGUGAGGGUGAAGCUGAGGAUUCCCAAGGCGGAGCUUGAAAGACUCGUUAAGGAAGGAGCCACCGAGGCGGAGGCCACUCAGAAGAUCGCCGCUCUCUAUAUGGCCAAACAGAGCCACGAGGAAGCGCGUCAGAACACGCUCCGACGUGGGGAUGGAGAAGAUGAACCAGCCGCCACCGCCACCGCCAUAACCACACCCGCCGCCACGAGAGGUGUCAAGUCUCGUCUGAAACGAGUGAGUUUCAUGGCUGAAAGAGAAGGAGGGAGCGAGAUCACCGUCGCUUGA